AUGCCAAAAAAACCAAAAGAAAUUUCUUUUAACAGUUUUUUUAAGCACUUUGAAAAGUAUAAAAUAAUUCGAGAGCCAUUAGAUUCUCAAAAUAGUAAAAUUCAAUCUCCAACUCAUCUGCCGACUGAGGAUUCAAUUCCGGCACAACCAAUUUCAGAAAACUCAAACGAAAGCAAUUCAAUAAAUGAAAUUCAAAAGAUAUGUUCAGAAUAUGAAAAGCUUGAAGACAAUAUUUCUCCUACUCCAAACAAUAUUAAUAUUACUUUAACAAUUGAGAGUUUAGAAAAUGUUGACAUGUGUAAAGUAAGAGAAUUAAUGGUUAAAAUGGAAUUCAAGGGAGAAGUUAUAGGUCAAACAGAUAAAUUAAAAGUUGAAUCGAGUACAGUAGAAGUAAAUCUUGUUGGAAAUAUUAGUUCCGAAAACGCUGAUAACAAAUACAUAGAUAACAUUAUGUGCAAUCCAAUCUUAUGUUUGUAA